AUGGAAGACCAUUUAUUGCUAAUAUUAAUGAAAAUCAAACUUGGAUUUUUAAGUAAAGACUUGAGCUUUAGAUUUGGUUUUUCUGAGCCAACAGUCACUAGAAUAUAUAGAUCUUGGCUUCCAAUUAUUGCUGAAAAUGUUAAGUUUUUAAUUGUUUGGCCAGAAAAGCAUGUUUUGCGAAGAAAUUUGCCAACAAGUUUUCGCAAAAAGUUCUAUAAUUGUGUUGCAAUAAUUGAUUGCACGGAAUUACUCAUUGAAAGACCUUUUAGUCUUCAUGCUCGAGCUCAAACUUGGUCAAAUUAUAAAACUAACAACACAAUUAAAUAUCUCAUUGGUAUAACUCCAUCAGGUGCUGUAAGUUUUUUAUCCCCUGGAUGGGGUGGUAGAGUUUCAGAUAAAGAAACUACAAUUAAAUCUGGAUUUUUAAAAAAAAAUAACCAAUGGAGAUUGUGUGGGAUUUUAAAAUCACCAAAGUUUACCAAAGGAAAAAAGCAGAUGUCUUCUGCUGAAGUUAAUGAAUCACGUCAAAUUGCACAUGUAAGAAUCCAUGUUGAAAGGGUAAUUGGACGGUUAAGAAAAUUUCGAAUUCUUCAGAACAUUAUCCCAUUAACUCAAGUUGAUUUACUUGAUGAUGUUAUGGUAAUAAUAACUUCAUUAGUAAAUAUUAACAGUAGUGUUGUUCCUCCAAGCUCAUAG